CGGAGAACGGCGCGCCGGCGCGGAGGGAGGUGCGGGCCGUGGUGAGGGACAGCCCGGCGGGCUCCGCCGCUGCUGCCGCCGCCCGCUGCUCGGCGCGCUCUCGGGAGCCGCCAGCCCUCGGGUCCCGCAGCCUUCCGGGAGGAAGCGGCGUAGGCAGCGGCCGGGGCGCGCGCUCGGCACCCUCCCCUGCCGGCGUCCGAACGCUUCCCCGGCGGGGCGCGCGCAGGGCCGGGCGCAGGACCGGCGGGACCUGGAGGCAGAGUGAAGCUCCGGCCGCCCGCCGCUGCACAGCCACCGGCAGCGCUUCGGCCCCCGAGCGGGGCGCCGACUCCAUGGCGACCGGGCUCGGGGAGCCGGUCUACGGACUUUCGGAAGACGAGGGAGAAUCCCGUAUUCUCAGAGUAAAAGUUGUUUCUGGAAUUGAUCUCGCCAAAAAGGACAUCUUUGGAGCCAGUGAUCCGUAUGUGAAACUUUCGUUGUACGUAGCAGAUGAGAAUAGAGAACUCGCUUUGGUGCAGACAAAGACCAUUAAAAAGACGCUGAACCCUAAAUGGAAUGAAGAAUUCUACUUUAGAGUAAACCCAUCUAAUCACAGACUCCUUUUUGAAGUAUUUGACGAAAACAGAUUGACCCGAGACGACUUCCUGGGCCAGGUGGACGUGCCCCUUAGUCAUCUUCCGACAGAAGACCCAACCAUGGAGCGACCCUACACUUUUAAGGACUUUCUUCUCAGACCAAGAAGUCAUAAAUCUCGAGUUAAGGGAUUUCUGCGGCUGAAAAUGGCCUAUAUGCCGAAAAACGGAGGCCAAGAUGAAGAAAGCGGUGAGCAGAGGGAUGAUGUGGAGCACGGGUGGGAAGUUGUUGACUCGAAUGACUCGGCUUCUCAGCACCAAGAGGAGCUUCCUCCUCCUCCUCUGCCCCCCGGCUGGGAAGAAAAAGUGGACAAUUUAGGCCGAACUUACUACGUCAACCACAACAACCGGACCACUCAGUGGCACCGACCCAGCUUGAUGGACGUGGCCUCGGAGUCGGACAAUAACAUCAGACAGAUCAACCAGGAGGCGGCCCACAGGCGCUUCCGCUCACGCAGACACAUCAGUGAGGACUUGGAACCCGAGCCCUCCGAAGGCGGGGAUGUCCCGGAGCCUUGGGAGACCAUUUCGGAGGAGGUGAACAUCCCUGGAGACUCUCAACGAGGCCCAUCUCUAAGGCUGUGUUUCUGUUGCUUCCUGUUUCGUCCUCCCCUUCAGCAGAGAGAGCCCUCCUCGCGGUUGAGGUCCUGCAGUGUCACGGACGCGGUUGCAGAACAGGCCCAUCUACCACCGCCCAGUGCCCCAACUAGGAGAGCACGGUCAUCAACUGUCACAGGUGGUGAGGAGACAACGCCAUCAGUGGCCUAUGUACAUACCACGCCGGGCCUACCUUCAGGCUGGGAAGAAAGAAAAGAUGCUAAGGGGCGCACAUACUAUGUCAAUCAUAACAAUCGAACCACAACUUGGACUCGACCUAUCAUGCAGCUUGCAGAAGACGGUGCGUCCGGAUCAGCCACAAACAGUAACAACCAUCUAAUCGAGCCUCAGAUCCGCCGACCUCGUAGCCUCAGUUCGCCAACAGUAACUUUAUCUGCCCCACUGGAGGGUGCCAAGGAUUCCCCCGUACGUCGGGCUGUGAAAGAUACCCUUUCCAAUCCACAGUCCCCACAGCCAUCACCUUACAACUCCCCCAAACCACAACACAAAGUCACACAGAGCUUCUUGCCACCCGGCUGGGAAAUGAGGAUAGCUCCAAACGGCCGGCCCUUCUUCAUUGACCAUAACACAAAGACUACAACCUGGGAAGAUCCACGCCUGAAAUUUCCUGUACACAUGCGGUCAAAGGCAUCUUUAAACCCCAAUGACCUUGGCCCUCUUCCUCCUGGUUGGGAAGAAAGAAUUCACUUGGAUGGCCGGACGUUUUAUAUCGAUCAUAAUAGCAAAAUCACUCAGUGGGAAGACCCAAGACUCCAGAACCCAGCUAUUACUGGUCCGGCUGUUCCUUACUCCAGAGAAUUUAAGCAGAAAUAUGACUACUUUAGGAAGAAAUUAAAGAAACCCGCUGAUAUUCCAAAUAGGUUUGAAAUGAAACUUCACAGAAAUAACAUAUUUGAAGAGUCCUAUCGGAGAAUCAUGUCUGUGAAAAGACCAGAUGUCCUGAAAGCUAGACUGUGGAUCGAAUUUGAAUCAGAGAAAGGUCUUGACUAUGGUGGUGUAGCCAGAGAAUGGUUCUUCUUGCUGUCCAAAGAGAUGUUCAACCCCUACUAUGGCCUCUUUGAGUACUCUGCAACGGACAACUAUACCCUUCAGAUCAAUCCAAAUUCAGGCCUCUGUAAUGAAGAUCAUUUGUCCUAUUUCACUUUUAUUGGAAGAGUUGCUGGCCUGGCAGUAUUUCAUGGGAAACUCUUAGAUGGUUUCUUCAUUAGACCAUUUUACAAAAUGAUGUUGGGAAAGCAGAUCACGCUGAAUGACAUGGAAUCUGUGGAUAGCGAAUAUUACAACUCUUUGAAGUGGAUCCUAGAAAAUGACCCUACUGAGCUGGACCUCAUGUUCUGCAUAGAUGAAGAAAAUUUCGGACAGACAUAUCAAGUGGAUCUGAAACCCAAUGGGUCAGAAAUAAUGGUAACCAAUGAAAACAAAAGGGAAUAUAUUGACUUGGUCAUCCAGUGGAGGUUUGUGAACAGGGUCCAGAAGCAGAUGAACGCCUUCCUGGAGGGAUUCACAGAGCUGCUUCCUAUUGACUUGAUUAAAAUUUUUGAUGAAAAUGAACUAGAGUUGCUGAUGUGCGGCCUUGGCGAUGUGGACGUGAAUGACUGGAGACAGCAUUCUAUUUACAAGAACGGCUACUGCCCAAAUCACCCUGUCAUUCAGUGGUUCUGGAAGGCUGUGCUACUGAUGGACGCAGAAAAGCGUAUCCGGUUACUGCAGUUUGUCACAGGGACGUCCCGAGUACCUAUGAACGGAUUUGCCGAACUUUAUGGUUCCAAUGGUCCUCAGCUGUUUACAAUAGAGCAAUGGGGCAGUCCUGAAAAACUGCCCAGAGCUCACACAUGCUUUAAUCGCCUUGACUUACCUCCAUACGAAACCUUUGAAGAUUUACGGGAGAAACUUCUCAUGGCCGUGGAAAAUGCCCAAGGAUUUGAAGGAGUGGAUUAAGCAGCGCUCCCCGCCUCGGGGCUGGUUGUUCUUCGAGCAAGUUCUGCUUGCUCUUUUGCAUUUGCCUAGCAGACUUUUGCAGAGAUGAUGGCAGAAGAGCAGCUGCAGGCGUGGCCCCUGGAGCUGAGCCUUCGACCGUGCACUCGCCCAAGUUCAGACUCGGGAACCUGGUCCCAGCUCGAGUCCCUGCAUUUCCCACCACAAAUUACCGACUGGUUGACGUGUACACUAAUUACAUUUCAGGAGGACUUACGCUAUUUAUGUUGUGCCGCUGCAGGCAAAGCCCUUAAUAAAUAUUUUACAUACUUUCUAAUGACAAUGAAUGGAAUUAAUCACUCUACAGGUAUGGUAUUACAACUCAUGUUUACUUUUUAAGAUGAUUUAGACCGAUUUUCAGAUUUUAUUUAAUUACAAUUAAAGAUGUCUCAUGUACUUGGAAAA